AUGAAUGCUCCAUCGAUUGAACUUAUUCAAAAGUAUUUCUCGAAGAAUUUUAAAAAAAUGAUCGAGGGUAUUAAAGAAAAGAAAAUACAAUUAAUUCAAGGAGAUUUUACUAAAAUUUUUCAACCAACGUUUAGUUAUACCAUUCGUUCAAGUGAUGAAUUUGCAAUGACAACAUUUUCUACAUACGCAGUUGUUAAUAAUAAAAAAGAUGGUGAUCCUGUUUGUGAUAAAGCAGGAGUAUUAAGAUAUAAAAAUGCAUUUAUUUCGUGUAUUGCAGAUGGUUGUGGAUGGGGAGAAAAAUCUGCAAAAGCAGCCAUUAGUGCUGUUUCAGGGUGUUUAGAUUAUUUAUCACUUUCAAUUAAAAUGGCAAAAACAACAACUGAUAUUGCACGAAUAUUAGUUGAGUCAUUUGCACAUGCACAAUAUAAUAUUAUUAAAGAAAAACAAUCCCCAAUGCAUAUUGGUAUUACUACGUUAUUAGUUACAUGUACAAUUUAUGUAGAAAAUAGUAAAAAAGGAGUUAAACCAUUUACAUUACUUCUUUCUGUUGGUGAUUGUCGUGCAUUUUAUAUUAAAAUGAAAUCAAAACAAGCUAUUUCAUUAUGUGGAAUUAAUCGAACAAAAGUUAAAGAGAUUCAAAAUUGUACAGGUAGUCUUGGAGCAGCAAAUGAUUACUUUCCAGAUUUAAAAGGAUCAGUUCUUUCAUUAAUAAAAAGUGAAUUAGGUGAUAAAAUUCUUACAGUAACAGAUGGGUUUUAUGAUAAUAUUUCUAAUAUGUCAGAAUUCGUUUUUCCUUUAAUUAAUAAAUCAGCAACAUUAGCUGAUUUUAUGGAAAAUUUUUCUAAAUUAUUAAUUGAAACAACAGAACCAAUAAGAAAAGAACUAGUUACAACAAGAAAACUUAUUAUUAGUAAAGGAAAAUUAGAUCAUUCUACUUCAAUUAUUUAUGAUAUUGUUAAUCAAUAUUCUUUAAAUCCAAUUAAUACUUUCUAUCCUUCUAUUUUUGAUUCAUUAAUUCCUAAUAAAAAAAGAGUAUCUAGUCUUCCUAAAGCAUUAGAAUUAAAAGUAUCAAAUCAAACUGAUCUUACAGAAUUAUUAUCACCUCCUAGUACAUGUUUCUCUUCUGUUUUACCUUUUCCUUUUUCUGUACCAAUAUCUUCUCCAACACCUUCUCCUUCAAUUUGUUCACAAAUUGUUAGGCUUGAUACUUCUCCUUCUAAUGAUUCUUUACUCAGAAAAAAAUCACCAAUUCCUUUUCUUGCCCCAACUUCAUUUAAACGUCAUUCAGUUAAUCAAUUACUCCAUCAAUCACAUUUCAUUCAAACAAAAAGUGUUGAUAUUCAAUCUUUUUCAUCAACACCUAUUGAACACCCUUCAUCUCCAUUCGCUCGUUUCUUCUUAGAAGAAGUCAAUUGA